GAGGACUGGAAGCGAGCAAAUGGAGGACUACGAGGGAUUAAUAGAGGAUGGGUUCGAUGCUAAGGGGUUUGCGAACGACCUACUCAUUGCAACGAACUCGUCUCGUAAAGAAUUGGAUAUCUCAACGUCGAUAAAGAGGGUAAGAUUCGAUAUAAACAACCUGGAGCUACAGAUGGAAAAGGUCAGCGCAGAGGAACAUGGCUCGUUGAUCAACGAGAUUAGGGUCGAUAUGGCUACAAAGCAAAUGUUUGAGCAGCUAGACCAGCCUUUAACACAUAUCACCUCGUCGUAUGAUCGUAUCCAGAAGGACCUGCUGACUCCCUACAACAAGGCAUUGAAGACUCAAGAGGUGUUGAAAAAGGUCCACACCACCUCAUUCUUGCUGAGAUCAGUGACGCAUUUCCUCUUGCUGAUCCAACAGAUCCAGGAAUUGCAAUCAGCACCGCAGUUCUUGUCGACAACGUCAAAGCACUCAAGUACGUUGUUGAAAUUGGCUAACUUACACAACCAAUUGGAUAAACAUCUUGCGGAGAAUCCAAAUCUGAAGUCUCUAAAGAUUAUCCGUGACUACGAACCCGUGGAUUUUAAACAAAAGUUGGAGCUGAAAGAGCUGAUUACCACCCAGGCUCGAGCAAUCUCAGACAAAAACUUGGACUCGACUUCGAUGUCUUAUCUGAAGGCACUGUAUGCGUUGGAUCAACAAUACACUCUUGAUACUCUCAAGACAAUACUCUCAAAUGAGGUCACCAUAUCAGUGAAUACAUUAGUAAGGGUUUUGACCUCGCCAAGAAACAUAUCGACAGCCCUCGAACAAGUGUUGACGAGGGCAAAGUUUGUACUGAAAUUAUCCGGCUACUUACACGAUACAACACUACAAUCCGAUAAGACUUUACUUUCAGAAUUACUGCAAUCUUUUGAAUUGGACUCUUUAUUAUCUGUAUUCUGGAGAAAUUUUGCAAAGAAAUUCGAACCAAAGAUGAGAGAAACCAUGCAAAGGGGUGGCCCAGUAGCAAAGAGUCUGAUAAGUUACAAAGAUCAAAUCAGAUCAAGCAUUAAAAGGACAGUGUUACAGAGUGAUAACUCUUUAACAGACCAUGGGGUUGAGGUUCGAAUGAUGUUGAACAGCGUGCGCUCCCUAGAUAGGUAAACUACAGCUAGUUAUACUUCAUACCACAUAUGCAAUAGCACGCUAUUGAUUCAUCGUUAAAUUAAUGUCAAGUUAUAUACCAUAAGCAUCAGCGUUACACAUAAUAUCACCAUAUUUUUCUCAAACGGUUUAACGUCUUGACGAUUGCAGGUCUCGAUCUCAAUCUUAAUGGAAGACGAGAGGCAUUGCGGAAAGUAGGUGGUGGUAACGCUGAUGGACUAAUAACAGGUGGUUUUAUUACUUCAGAGUUGGCAUUAUCAAAAUGAAUGUCAAGUUCCAGAGUUCUAGAAGACACAACAGGUUCAAGUUCCGGGAAUUCAUCCUUCAAAAAAAGUAACACCUCGUCAAGCUUCAACCAUUGAAUCCGUAGAUUUCCAAACUUGGCCAUUUCUUCAGUGAAGUUCGAAUGUGUC